UUAUAUGACUGACGGCUGAUAGGUUGCUAACGCGCAUGACCACGGAGCUACUGAACACAGCUGUGUCCGCGAGAGGCUGCGGAUUAUUUAACUGUUUCACCUUCUAUGUGUUCUGACUGUUGUUUUUGUUGUUGUUGUUUACAAGACAAUGGACAGACACAGCCUCCACAGGUUAUUUUCGGCGUGUGACGUCAAUAAGUCAGGUACUAUUGAGUACGAGGACUUCACCGCCGUGUGCCGCGAGCUCAACGUGCCCGAGAACGAGAUCAAAACUUUGUUCAACAAGUUCGACGCGGACCGGGACGGAUACAUCGACUACAGCAACUUUUCGUCCAGGUUUCAGGAGGUUUCCGAGACGCUGGACCUGGCGUCCUUCGGAGCGGGGUCUGGCCAGAGCCAAGGCUGUCCGUGGGAAGAGUUUCUGGGCAGGAUAGAGGGUGCAGGUGCUCCUCUCUCCCAAAGUCUUCGGGACCAGUUGGCUGAAUUGUACCAGGCCGUCUACUCCUCUGCAAACGUUGCACUGCUGCAGCAGUAUGAGGAUGUCAUCCGCACUUUCAUAAAUCAAAGCAUGGACUACAGACUAGAAAGUGAACAGCUGGAGAGCAGUUUGAAGCGAGCCGAGGAGCUGAACAAUAGUCAACUGGUAGAACUGGAGGACGAUAUACAGCGACAACUUGCUAGAGCAGAAGAGAGCGUGAGAGACGAGGAGCGUAAGAAAAUGGAAGUAAUCACGGCCACCUUGCAGAGGAGGCAUGAGAACGAGGUUGCAGACCUGCAGACAACUGUGGACAGGCUGGUAAAGAUCCAGGAGGAAUCUGAAAUCAACCAUUCAAAGGAGGAAGUUGUCAGACUGAACAGACAAAUCAGUGAUCUUACACAGGAAAACGAGCAGCUGCGGAGCUCUCUGCUGAAAGCCCAGACAAACAUCGCCGUUCUGCACUCUGAGCUAGACAAGCUGAAGAACAUGUACGCAGAUCAGAAAGUCCAACAUGAAAGAGAGAGUGAUGACUUGAAGAGAAUGGUGCUGGAGUACCAGUCCUACUCCACUCAGAUUCAGAUUCUUCAGGAAAUGAACAAAAAACUGUAUGACAGUAAUGACGGCCUGCGCUCUGCAUUAGCCAGUGAAGUUGUCGCAGCUAAAAGGAGGCUGUCUCCCCAAAAUGAAAUCCCAGCCAGGAGGAUGAAGCCCCUCCAUCAAAGCACACUCAACCACAGCAGUGCAGAGCAGGAUUCCAGCAAGUUGGACUACUCACAUGUGGCCAGCUGGGCUGAUAAGUACCUGGACAGUGGAGUUACCCUGCCAAUGGACACUGCUGAGAGCUCAGGCAGCGAUUACGACAGCGAUGACAGUAUAAACUCGGUGGAAACUGUGCAUCACAGUUACUCAUAUGUCCCAUCUGAUGUUGAGAUAUCUGACGUGAAAUCUGAGGCUGCAGUGUCAGUUGCUCCUAGCAGAGCCAGCUCAUUCGCAUCAUCAAUACGAAGACGUUUGUCUGCCUUUUCAACAAAGCCAUCAGAAGCAGACAGCAUAGUAGAAAAUGAGGAGCCUGCUCCAAUGUACCGCCUGGUUUUAGCUGGAGAUGCAGGAGCUGGAAAGUCGAGCUUUCUGCUGAGGCUGACGCUCAAUGAUUUUAGAGGAGACAUUCAGACAACACUGGGGGUUGAUUUUCAAAUUAAGAAGAUGCUGGUGGAUGGAGAAAAAACUAGCCUCCAGAUAUGGGAUACAGCCGGGCAAGAGAGGUUCCGCAGUAUCGCCAGGUCCUAUUUCCGUAAAGCUCAUGGAGUCCUUCUCCUCUAUGAUGUUACUUCAGAAAGCAGUUUCCUUAAUGUCAGAGCGUGGGUGGAUCAGAUUCAGGAAUCAACAGACGAGCACAUCCCAAUGUGUGUUAUUGGAAACAAGGUGGACCUUCGGGACGAGCUGCCGGAGGGAAGCUGUGUGAGCGCUGUGCAUGGGGAGAAGUUGGCCAAGGCAUACGGUGCCUUGUUCUGUGAAACGAGCGCCAAAGAGGGAACCAACGUUGUUGAAGCAGUGCUUCACCUGGCAAGAGAAGUAAAGAAAAAUGUCAAAGUGAGACGACAGUCAGAUUCUCAAGUCAGACUGACUCCAACAAAUCCAAAGAAGACUCUGAACAGCUGCUGUGGACUGUAGAUAUCAACUCUCUGCAGUGAAGCAGUGAUACGAUUUGAUUUUGGCAUGAAGAGCUUUUAACUGUUGCACUACACUGUAUACCAACCACUGCAAGGCCAUUUCCUCAUGUGUAUGUUUUUUUUUUUAACCUUUUUAAAUGUUUAACUCUAAAAUGUUCAAUAUGUUUUGGUAAAUAUUUUAAGGUUGAUUAUUUGAUUAAAAUGAAGGUUUCUGAUGCUGAAGUUAUCAAAUGUACAAGUUAUCAAACGCACACUACUACUGGAAUCAUGCUUACAGUUAUAUUCCUUUUAAAAGUUUUGUAUUUAUUUAGUGGUAAAUGCAGUUUUAUGGAAUAAACAAUAUUUGCACAUCGGUGCAACAAUUUAGAUAGAAAAAUUAUAUUAAAUGAUUUCUUAAAUCAUAAAAAUGUGAGUACUGAUUCUGUUGAAAUGAAUGCAUAUGGUUUUUUGUUUGUUUUUUGCCCGUACAAAGGGAGACCAGAGUCCUGUUAUAGGAAUGUAGAUUUGAUUUCUUCCGAAAUACAUAAAAACAGACUGAGGUUUUUCUUUGACAUUUUUAUUAAGCAUUAAUGUAAGCAAUAUGACACUGCAGUUCUGACACAUUCAGUAUAUGACAGCAUAUCUUAUGGACACCUGACAAAUACUUUACAGCAGUUUUGAUUUUUUUAUUGUGUAUGUGGGCAUACAUGCAGUGCAGAAAUACCUGUAGUUAAUUUUACUGCAUGUGUAUUAAAUCAUUUACCAGUAGUCCAGUGCUAUUUUUAAAAUGUGGGAAUGAAUAGGAUUUUGUGAUUAUAAAAGUGUUGUUUACUAACACGGGUUUGUAGUUUGGCUACAGUACUCAAUUUAUAUAUUGUGUCCAGUUAUGCUUUUUUUCUGUUACCAGAAUGUCUACAACUAUUUUUUUUUUUUUU